AUGACUUCACCAGUUAACCUAGCAGCCUGGAAAAAGCUUCAGGAGCUUUAUGACACUUACGGAAAAUCGUACUCCGUCAAGGAUGCCUUCACCAAGGACCCAGAGAGAUUCACCAAGUACUCUCGUACCUUCGACAACUAUGAUGGCUCGAAGAUCCUGUUCGACUACUCGAAGAAUCUCAUUGAUGACAAGAUCUUGGCAGCAUUGUUCGACCUAGCUCGUGAGGCUAAAGUUGAGCAGUUGAGAGAUGACAUGUUUGCUGGUAAGCACAUCAACACGACCGAGGACAGAGCCGUGUACCAUGUUGCACUCAGAAACAGAUCCAUGACCCCAAUGUACGUUGAUGGUGUUAAUGUUGCACCAGAGGUUGAUGCAGUGUUGAAGCACAUGAAGGAGUUUUCCGAGGAGGUGAGAUCUGGAGCCUGGAAAGGUUACACUGGCAAGGAGAUCACAGAUGUUGUGAACAUCGGUAUCGGUGGUUCGGAUCUCGGACCAGUCAUGGUCACGGAGGCUUUGAAGCCAUAUGCCCACCCAAGAAUCAAGGUUCACUUUGUUUCCAACGUGGAUGGUACCAACAUUGCCGAGGUGUUGAAGCAGUGCAAUGCAGAAACAACCCUGUUCCUCAUUGCUUCCAAGACUUUCACCACUUUGGAGACGUGCGCCAACGCCAACAGUGCCAAGAACUGGUUCUUGGAGCAUGCCAAGGAGAGAAAGUACAUUGCCAAGCAUUUCGUCGCUUUGAGUACCAAUGCCACCGAGGUGGAGAAGUUUGGAAUUGAUCUCAAGAACAUGUUCGGCUUCGAGAGCUGGGUUGGAGGAAGAUACUCUGUCUGGUCGGCUAUUGGAUUGUCCGUGUGCCUAUACGUCGGCUAUGAUAACUUCGAGAAGUUCUUGAAAGGUGCCGAGGCCGUUGACAAGCACUUCAAGAACACUCCACUCGAGAAGAACAUUCCAUUCCUCGGAGGUUUGCUCACCAUCUGGUACAACAACUUCCACAAGGCCCAGACCAAGCUUGUGACACCUUUUGACCAGUACAUGCACAGAUUCCCAGCUUACUUGCAGCAGCUUUCCAUGGAAUCCAACGGUAAGUCGGUUACCAAGGACAACAAGUUCGUCAACUACCAAACCGGUGUUGUUCUCUUCGGUGAGCCAACCACCAACGCUCAGCACUCCUUCUUCCAGUUGGUCCACCAGGGUACCAAGUUGAUUCCUGCAGACUUCAUCAUUGCUGCCAAGUCUCACAACCCUAUCGAGAACAACAAGCACCAGAAGAUGUUGGCUGCCAACUUCUUCGCCCAGGCCGAGUCCUUGAUGCUUGGAAAGACUCCUGAACAAGUUCGUGCCGAGGGAACCAAUGAAUCCUUGAUUCCUCACAAGACUUUCUCUGGUAACAGACCAACAACCUCCAUUUUGUGCCAGAAGAUCACCCCUGCAGCUUUGGGUGCUUUGAUCGCAUACUAUGAGAUGGUUACCUUCGUUGAAGGUGCUAUCUGGGGCAUCAACUCUUUUGACCAGUGGGGUGUCGAGUUGGGUAAGAAGUUGGCAAAGGUUAUCUUGGCUGAGUUGAAGGACAACUCCAAGGUUUCCACCCAUGAUGUUUCUACCAGAAGCUUGAUCAACCAGUUCAAGGAAUGGGAGUAA